AUGGCCAUCUUGCCAGCAGCAGGCUCCUCCAUCCUCAUCCUCAUCCUCAUCCUCAGCCUCAGCGCUCUCCGCCAAUGGCAGCUCUCCUACUGCUCACGUUCCACACAAGUGGCGGACGGGCCGUCGCCAUGCCAGCAUCUCUUUUCUCCACCUCUGUGUUUCCUUCGCGUCAGCACAGAAGCUGCUUGCGUGUGGAUACCGCACUCGGGCUGCCCGUGGCUGGCUCUCAGCGUUGUGCUGAAGGACAGCGAGACAAAAUUCAACCCUCUGAAGGCGUUGCAGCCCAAACGCCGUUUGCAGCAAAUACUGGCGUCCUCGCCCGUCCCGGUGCCAAAGCCGGCGUCUGGGUCGGGAACGGGGGCGGCUGCACCAGCAGCAGCGGCGUCGGUGGCCAUUCCUGUGCCCGCGCCCCCUGCGUUUGACUACUGCAGGUUCAUAGAACUAGACUACGUCCCUAUGGAGACAGGCUAUAUGGUCUCAAUGCGCCCGACCAAAGGCUACGCAUCGACCAAGUCGCCGACGAAAGGAUGUCUCCUCUUACUUUGAACCAGGCGGACACCGGCCGCACCCAGUAACAGAGAUCCCCAUGGCAACACAUCCCUCAGCAGCAGCAGCAACUCAGGCUCUUGUAAGGGCAGCGACUGCAGCCCCACUAAAGGACGUCAUCAGAAGUACUCAUGUACGGACAACCAUGGUAUCCGGCCCCCUCCACCAGAGCAGUACCUCACACCGCUGCAGCAGAAAGAGGUGUGUAUCCGACACCUGCGGGCCAGGCUAAACGAAACCAUCACCACUCUCCAAGACAGGGACACAGAGAUAGAUGAACUGAGAGGGCAGUUAUACAGGAUGCAGGAGGACUGGGUUGAGGAGGAAUGUCACCGCGUGGAGGCUCAGCUGGCCCUGAAAGAGGCACGGCAGGAGAUCCAGCAGCUCAAACAGGCUGUGGACACUGUUCGCGCCACACUCAGUGAUGCAGGGGGGCUCAGUGGCGACGUAGGGGUCCAGAAGUACUUUCAGGACAUCAACGCUCAGAACAACAAGCUUGAGAACCUUUUGCUCAGCAUGGAGCUAGCCCAGGCUAGAUUAGCGAAGGAAGGGGAAGCCAUACCAGGCUGUCGGACCCGUGUUGGAGGUUCUGCACCAGCAUCGGUAUCAGGGGAAAGUCCAGGGGGAAUACCCAAACCAUCAGUAGGAGGUAGAGGGUCUUGCUCCUGCGACUGUAGCCCAGCCCGUUCUCUGACCCGGAGCUCCACCUACACUAAGCUGAGCGACCAAGGGCUUGCGGACCGGAACAGCAAUGACUUUCCUGGUCUGUCAGGUGACGGCACCCAGGAUAGCGGUUUUGUGUGCUGUGGGGAGAACAGCGUCCCCAGCCGGGCUGACCUGCUCUUAGAGGCCGCAUUCCUCUCUGAGGAAACAGCAUCUUUACUCAACUCCUACGCUCAAAUGCCCCACUCCGCCACCUAUGAGAAGCUGUGCACUGGUGAGCGGCUAGCACCCAUUCAUUGCAGUCACGGUGGAGUGGGUUGUAUGAGCCAUCCCUGCCUGUCCCACCACCACCUCUACCUGCACCCCCUGCGGGAGACAGGCAUUCAAACUGAAAGCUGCCCCAUCCCUGCAACGGCAGGUUACCCCUCUGAUCUUGAUACCAUUGCAGAGCAACGCACUUUCCGCUCCCAGGCCUGCAGCCCCACCUCAACCUGGAUGUCUGAUGAGGGGGAAGAGGAGCUGGACUCCAUCACCACCACAGCUUCAAUAAUGACAGCGACGAUGAUGAGCACGGCCACAGAGCCGAUCCCGGCCUCCAAAACGCCACCGGUCCCUCCUUUACCACGGUCUGCUACUGUGGCUUGUUCCAUGGAAAGUCCUCUGUGUGGGGGAGAAGAGGGAGUGGAGGAGGGGGAAAAGCAGGAAAAUGAGAAGACAGAGAAGGAUUCUGCAGCAACGGAUCAGCAGGAGGAAACAACACUGAUCAGCCUGGCAGAAGAAGAACAUCAGACGCAAAUGGGCUCAGAGGGAGGGAAUGAGGUGGAAGUGCAGGGUGCAGUGGAGGAGGCAGCACAAGGUAAGCUGUGCGAUUUACCAGAGACAUCCACAGGGACAUUGGGUGACCUUAAUUUUGGAAGAUGCUGUGGACAAGGCACACAGGGUGGGACAACACUGGAAAACCUUAACAUGGAAGACAGGCAGCAAGAAGUUGGUCUAUCAGCAGGAUCAACCAAGGUAGAGACAGAAGAGUUGAGUCCAAGUCACCAAGGAUUAUCACCAGAUGUAGAACAGCCUCACACCUCGCAACCAAGGAGAUCUUCUUCCCAUGAGGAGAUAGCUGGUGUCACUGUAGUGGAGUUGAAUGAUGAGGACGAUGAUGAAAAUGAAACUGAAGAACAAGGUGCCACAGGGGGUGCCACACCAGAGGUGGGAGAUCCGUCCAGUUCUGGGACAAUUGAGAAAAGCUACUGGAGUCGUCACUUCUUGGUUGAUCUGCUGGCAGUGGCCAUUCCUGUGGUGCCAACGGUGGCGUGGUUCUGCCGUGGUCCAGUCGGUGGCCGACAGCCCAUUUAUCAUUUAGGGUCAUUGCUGCGAGGCUGUUGCACUGUGGCACUGCACUCACUUCGCAGGGGAGGUGGGUUGAGGCAUUACCCCGCAGGCGGGGGAGACCUGGGCGGAUCGCAGAUAUAA